AUGGCUGAAUCUUUUAAAAACAAAAAAAAAGAGGUAUCCAAAAAGGGCCUGCUGGGUUUCCAAUUUGGACACCUUCCACUGUUUGGAAAAUACCCACCGAAAACGUUCUUAAAAUGGUGGAAUUCUUUUGGUGACGUGUUUUCUAUCAGACUUGGAAGCUGGAAUACUGUAGUUGUCAAUGGUUAUGAUGCAGUGAAGGCGGCUGCCGAACAUCCUGACGGACGAAACAUUAGAGAUGUAGCGGAUGCAAUUAUUGCCAGUGACGCUGAUGAUGAAGAAAAUAAAGAUAGAUAUGUGUUAACAAGAGCUAGACUGCAAAUCUUACACUUGCAGAUUUACAAAGGAGCUGGGUUUGUAUCAAAAGCGUUGAACAUUAUAAUUUCCUGUUUUAAUUUUAGCGUUGAUACAACGCACAAAACGUUGUUGUGGCUGUUUCUCUACAUGGCGAAAUUCCCCGACGUUCAAGAAAAAGUUUUUACAGAGAUCAAAGAUAUAGUUGGAACCAACAGGAGUGUAAUGCUGAAGGACAAACCCGAACUGGUCUUCACAAAUGCUGUCCUUCUAGAAGUCAUGCGAUUUGUUAGCCAAGUUCCUUUUUCAAUUCCACAUUACGCAAUGAAGAAUGCUAAGAUACAAGGUUUCGAUGUGGAUAAGGACACAGUGGUAGUUUUCAACCUCUAUUCUGUUCAUCACGAAAUUUCAUUCUGGGGAGAUCCGGAAAUCUUUCGUCCAGAACGAUUUAUUUCCGAUAGAAAAAGCCUUGAUAAAGAAAAAUGCAACCAUAUUUUCGCCUUUGGUCACGGUAGACGCCGCUGUGUUGGAGAAAUUCUCGCGCAGAUGAAUCUAUUUAUUUCGUUUUCCAAUGUGAUGCAGAAAUGUAAAUUUAUAAAACCAGCAGAUGAACAGCUGGAUAUAACUCCCAUUCCUGGACUUGUUUAUACGCCUAAACCGUACAAAGUGCUUGUACAAGUACGAAACUAACGUUUCGUUAAACUUCAAAUACGUAUAUGUAUCGUAUUUAACUACAUCCAUUGAAAUUAAAUUGUAUUUAUUAAAA